AUGCCUAGCCUCUCAGCAGAAUCCCCAAUUUUCAGACGAGAGGCUCAAAAUGUGCCCAAUAGUUCCACACUCAGCGUAUUCUCUGACAUUGGCCAUCAACGACAGAGCCAUCCCCAAACUUUAAUCGAAGUACAAACAGUGCCAAACACGCCGCCGAUGGGAGUUUCCCGGGAAUAG